AUGGCAGAGCCGAGGAAAGUAGUGGACGUCCCGGUCGGCGCGACCAACGUCCGGCUAGAGGAGAUCGAGCCCUCUAAAUCCAGGAUAGUGGGAUCGUUUAGGAAUGUUCGAUGUGGCGGGCACGAGGGCGUGGCUAGGAACGAUAAGAGCGAGUCAGGAGGUUCUCAGCAUACCGGGACCAGUCACGAAGGAUUUGCUUAUAUUGACGACGAACGUUUCUCUGAACGGAAAUUGGGAACUCGGACGAAGCAAGAUAUGGAAGUAAAGAAACACGACAACGUGAAGAAAGGCGAGGUCGUGAUCGACACGGAAAAUAUUACAAAUUUAACGCUCACCAUCGUCUUGGAACGCGACGAAGCAAACGACGCCCUCAACUUUCCUAAGAAUUUCGAGCCCCAACCGCCAGCCAAUGGCACGGAAUUUACUUUGGUUGGUAUGGAUGCGGUCAGAUAUAUACAGAAAAUUCAAGAGGACGCCGAAGCUGCUUCGAAACGACGUCCACCAAUAAACAAAUAA